AUUCGCGUAACCCAAAGAAAAAAAAAUCGCAUUGGACACAUCGAACCGUCGAUUAUAUCAUCCAACGGCCAAAACUAAUCAACACUAAAGAUCUCAUUUUUUCCCCCUUUCUUUCUUGAUUGUUGUUUCCGAUCAUAAACCCUAAAAGUUCCCUCUCUUCUCGUCAAAUCGAGAAAUUGGCGAAACGACCAUCUUACGCCUUCUUCACCAUGUGAUCAGAUCUCAAUCAAAAUUUCUCAAUUUCUCUCCCAUUUUCAGAGAUCUAAGUUUGAUCCAAAGAAUCGAAUUGGUAAAGAAUCUACCCCCAUCUCCCUUCAAUUACCCGUUUCGAUUUCCUCAAAAAGGAGAGAUCUUUUCGGAUUAAAGUUCACAGAUCAGUGGUGGGCAUAGAUCAAAAGGAAGAGUCUUUAAGUGAAACGGUGUCGUACGAGAUGGGAAUGAGACGAACCACCAGAGUCUUCGGCGUCGCUAAACCCCCAGACGGAGCAGCCCGCGUCCUCCGCUCUGGUCGCAGAAUCUCUCACAGCGUCGACGAGCCUAAGGCGAAGCGAUCCAAAGGGAACAAAACCUCCAAAGGUGAAGACUUUACUGCCAACAAGCGGAGGAAAGUGAGUAAUGAAGCUGUUGAUAAGAGGUUUGGGAUUGUAUAUAAUAGUAAAAGGAAGACUCUUUCUAACCAAUCUAGUGGUAGUAGUAGUAAUAGACCAGUGAAAAAACCACUUCAAAGCCUCAAGUUUUAUACCAGGCGAAGGAGAAGAAGACUACUCUGUGUUGUUGUUCCUGUGAUUACUCUUAGAGUAGUUUGGUCUUGUAAGGAUUUCUGGUUGUCUACUGUUUUCGGUUUGGUAAUGAGCUACUUGAGGAGGGGACAACAGCUUAGUGCUUUAGCUUCUUUCUUCCUGUCUCAACCUGUUAACGACGUGUUUGCAGAUCAUGGCGUGCGGUUUCUUGCGGAGCCUCCUCUUAGCUCGAGAGGUGUCUGCAGGUUCUUUGGGGGCGUGAAUCGUCUUCCUCUCUUGUCAGUUGAUUUUUCUGCUGUUCCUGGAUGUUUCUUGGAUUUGCAUUUGACUCUAGUUCUCAGAGUUGCACCACGGUCCUUUGCUUUCGUGGAGAGAUGUCUGUAUUUGAUGAACAAUCCUGUUGAAGAGUGUGAUUCGGAGUCUGAGUUAGUUCUAUCUCCACCUUGUAGUCCGAGGAACAGUGGGUUACAUCCGUUAACUGUAGGGAAUGAUGCUCAGUGUAGAAGCAGUUUAGGUUUUGAUAAUAUCCAGAGGGGGAGAAGAAGCUCUUUAAGAAAGAGACGAGGUGGAAGAAACAUUUCGCAAAGUGUACACAAGUACAAUGUUGUGACGCAGCAGAAUGUGAAAGUCAUUCCUAUACCUGGCGUAAGAGAAGUGUGUGGGUAUGCGGAUGAUGAUUCUCCCUUGUUUUCUAUGCCGGUUCAGUAUAUCUCUGUGAAAGAAGAUGAGUUUUCAAGGGCCAUGGGUCGAAGCAGUGCGAUUUACGAGAUGGAUUCUGAUGAUGAAGAGUGGCUGAGGAAGCAGAAUGUGGAAGUUUUUGGUGAAGAAGAAUAUGAAGAAGUUCUUGAGCGAGAUGCUUUUGAGUUGAUGAUUGAUGGGUUUGAGAAGCGGUGUUUCCAUAGCCUUGGGGAUGAUCUAGUGGAUGAGAAAGCAGCCGUUGUUGCUAGGCAAGAGGUGGUUGAGGCAGUGCAUGAUUACUGGUUGAGGAAAAGGAAGAAGCGAAAGGCACCACUCCUUAGAGUUUUCCAGGGUCGUCAUCAAGCGAAGAAAACUCCACGACCUUCCAAAACUGUGUUUCGUAAGAGAAGAUCCUUCAAAAGGCAUGGAAAGGGCAAGCAGCUAAAUCUUGUGGCUCUAAAGAUGGCUGAACAAGAAGCUUGGGAGGAACAAGAGGCUUUUCGUAGAGUGGAAGAAGCCAAGGCCUACGCUGAUGCAACCAUGGAGAUUGCCAUUGCUAGUAGAAGUAGAGCGCAAGUUCUUGGAGAGAAUGCAGAUUUGGCUGUUUACAAAGCCACGAUGGCUCUUAAGAUUGCAGAAGCCAAGAAAGCAGCUGAACCGAUCGAGUUGGCCAGAAACCUAUUCUUGAACUGAUA